CAUCCGCUUGAGGAAGAGGAACAAUACAUUGUAUCCAGGGCCGGCAUGGAUUCGGCUCCGGCUGAGCUGCCGGUGGCCUUGACGGCGAUGCGCCACUCCACACUGGCGGCUAGUGCGGCGAUGUUUCCACCCAAGCGCCGGUCCCCCCCACGCCCCCCGCGGGCUGCCCUCGAGGCGCAGGAUCCCGUGCGUGUCCUCUACCGGAGGAGCAGCGGGAAGCGGGCGGCGGUGAGGCUGAUGGCGGCGGCGCACCUGGAGACCCUGAGCACGCUGGCCAACCUCAUGACCAUCCCGCGGACGCCCCGCCGCUGGUGGGUCUACCCCAACGAGAGCGACUGGUGGGAGCGGUUCUCCCUCCACGAGGAGGACGACCGCCAGUGGGUCCACUACUUCCGCCUCCCCCGCGAGACCUUCCAGAAGGUGGUGGCCGCCCUGGCCCCCGAGGUGGCCAAAGGGGACACUCAGAUGAGGAGGGCCAUCCCCGUGCAGAAGAGGGUGGCCAUCGGCAUCUGGAUGCUGGCCAACCAGUGCUCCUACCGCAAGACCGCCCAGCACUUCGGCGUGGGCAGAGCCACCGUGGGGAACAUCUUCCUCACCGUCGUCCUGGCCAUGGAGAUGAGCCUCUUGCCCCGCAUCGUCCGCCUUGGGGACGCCCACGAGAUCAUGGCUGGAUUCGCUGAGCUGGGAUUCCCUCAGGUGGUGGGUGCUGUGGAUGGGUGCCACUGUGCGAUUGUGUCACCUGUGAGGCAAGGAGGACAUUUCAGCAACAGGAAGCACGCAUAUUCCGUCCUGCUGCAGGGUGUUACGGACCACACAGGACGCUUCAUCAACAUAGAGAUUGGCCAGAGCGGGAACAACUUGGAUGCGAAAGUGAUCCAGAACUCUGCCAUCUUUGAGAAGAUGGAGGCAGGGGUCUUUGUGCCAGGCAACCCUACCAUCACUGUGGGGGACACACAGAUUGGGCCACUGCUGCUGUCAGACAGCAGCUACCCCAUCAGGAAGUGGAUGAUGAAGCCGUACUCCGGAGAACUGACAAAAAAGCAGGUGCUCUUCAACAGGCGCCUGAAUCAUGCCAAGGCGGUGGUCGAGAUGGCAUUUGUACGCCUUAAAGGGAGAUGGCAAUGUCUCACAGCACCUCUUGAGGUGUCCGAAGAGAAUGUGCCCUCAGUCAUUGCUGCUUGUGUGAUCCUGCACAAUAUCUGUGAGACCAAUGGGAGAGCACUGGAUGACAUCAAGGUGCCCCAACCUGUGAUUCCCAGUCAGGCAGAACCCAUGCAGGCCAAUGCGGAGCAGAAGAAAACAGAGGGGGAAGCAGUGCGAGGUGCCCUGACGGACUGUUUCUGGACAGAGGAAAUGUGAUCCCUCAUAUCUCUCCAGACCAUGCUUCAUAUAUGCAGCCUGUAAUGCCAUCCAUACCAAGUAAAAUGCAUUAUGAGGUCACUAUAAGUCAGAAAUAUCUUGAAGAUAUGCAACAACAACAACAACAACCACAUCAAACAGAAAAAUUAAUGUUGCGCGCGCUCUCUCUCUCUCCAUGCUGACUGCUGAAAACUGAAGUCCAAAACAGCAAAUUUUCAUGAGGACAGGAUUGGGAACUAGGAAAUUAAUGGGGAUCUGUACCUUGAACAGACGUGGGUAAGAUGUGAAGGCACAAACAGCAAAGAUUUAAGCAGGCCUCACUUCAUUCACUUUGGCCCUUCACAAUUAUAUCUCUAUGACUCCAAUUUGACUAUCAUAGAUGCAUCCUAUGGAAUCCAUGGAUAUACAGUGUUGUUGUGUAACUUCAAGCAAUUUCUGGCUUAUGCCCACUAUAUAGGAUAUUGGAAGUGAAGAAGCACCAAUGCUUGUAUAUAGAGCUAUUGAGAGCAGAGAGAACCCCGUGGUGCACACCUGCUUUCAUGUUUUUCCCUUCUUUUCUUAUACAUUUGUAACUGAAGGUGUUUUGCUUCUAGCCUU